AUGCCUUCGCUGAACAUUGACCCAAGCCUGUUGCCGUUGCUGGUCGACCUCCCGGCUGGGACGCCUCCGAAGGGAGUCGAGGCCAACUUCGAAAACCCUUUUACUUUGGCUCCUCUCGUUCACUCGAUUGGUUCCAUCUUUGUAUUUAUCAUGCUUUGCUUUGUUACGGCGCGGUUUUACUACAAGAUAUUUCUUAUUCGACGCUAUACAUGGGAUGAUUUGACCUGUCUAAUAGCAACGCUAGGCACAAUCGAACAGCUGAUCACGGCCAGUAUAAUCUCUAAAGCCGGAGCCGGCACUCAUCAGUGGGAUCUGAAAAUAGGUCAGAUAAUUACCAACGACUUCUUAAUUGGGGGCGCCGCCUUCGUCGUAUCAACAUUGCCAACCAUGAUGUUUGCAAAGCUCACAUUCUUCAUAUUCUACCUCCAGAUAUUUCGACCACGGCCAGCCCUCGCGCGCUGGAUCUGGGCUGGCGCACUGGUCUCCACAGGCUUCUAUAUUGCCACUUCGAUAGUGCAAUUUUACUACCUGAUACCCGGAGCUGGGCAAACAUGGAUCAGCAAGAUCGAUCUGAAUCCAAACAGCCCGUCGGCCACAGUGGGAAUAGUUACUGCGUGCUUUGGCAUGGCAAGCGAUUUCUAUUUAUUCUUUUUGGCUGCAGCGGGAAUAUGGCAGCUACAAAUGCAGAAAGAACGCAAGCUGGGAAUCAUUGGUGUAUUUGCAACCGGGCUGUUAGCCUGUAUAGUUAGUAUCGUGGCUCUUAUUUACCGGCUCCAGUCGAAAAACGGUUUGGAUGGAACCUACCAGUUAUUGCGCCCCAUCUUGCUCAUCAUUAUUGAACUCGCCGUCGGCGUCUCCUGCUCCUGCAUGCCCUCGGUUGGGAACUUGACCAAACGCUAUUCUAAACAAUUCUCUGGUCUCACGUCUUAUUUCUCACUACUUCGAAGUCGAACAUACCGUCGAGGUAGUUCCCGCGAUGAGAGAAGUCAGCCGGAGGAAUACAGCGGCCUGCGUGGUACAGGGGACAGCAAUAUUCAUGUGGACCAGUCAGCGCAAUACUCCAAGCUCGAGGGAGGGGAGCUUAUGCAGUUGCAACCUGUCGUGACUUCAGGCAAUCGGAGUAGGAAAUGGGAAAUGGAGGCGGCUGUGAUCAAUGUGCAACAGGACGUCCUCCAGACUCGGGAGCCUCGACCCGUUCAUGACUCUAGAAAAUGA